GCGUACCACGCGUACGCGCGCGCGACGCUUCUUUCGACUCCGCCCCCAGCACCGCCCACUGCCUGACGUACACUAGGUCCUUCCGGCGAAGGCAUCCUAGACGCUACCCUGUCGGUUACCGGAGGAGGCAUCAUGAUGAAUUCCUCGCAGGGCACGGUGGGCAGUGAUCCCGUCAUCUUAGCCACAGCCGGCUAUGACCACACCGUACGUUUCUGGCAAGCACAUAGUGGCAUCUGCACUCGCACCGUGCAACAUCAAGAUUCUCAAGUGAACUCUCUAGAGGUGACCCCAGACCGGAGUAUGAUCGCAGCUGCUGGGUAUCAGCACAUCCGCAUGUAUGAUCUCAACUCCAACAACCCCAAUCCUGUGAUAAACUAUGAUGGUGUGAGCAAGAACAUUACCUCUGUUGGGUUCCAUGAGGAUGGGCGCUGGAUGUAUACAGGUGGAGAAGACUGCAUGGCUAGAAUAUGGGAUCUGAGGUCCCGUAAUCUUCAGUGUCAGCGAAUCUUCCAGGUGAACGCACCAAUCAACUGUGUUUUUCUCCAUCCCAACCAGGCUGAGCUCAUUGUGGGUGACCAGAGUGGGGCAAUCCACGUGUGGGAUCUCAAAACUGACCAAAAUGAGCAGCUCAUCCCCGAAGCUGAUGCAUCUGUAAAUUCCGUCCACAUCGACCCCGAUGCGAGUUACAUGGCGGCCGUAAAUAGCUCAGGAAACUGCUUUGUUUGGAACCUGACUGGAGGCCUCGGUGAAGACCUGACACAGCUCAUCCCCAAAACCAAAAUCCCAUCUCACAAACGCUGCGCGCUGCGCUGUAAAUUCAGCCCAGACUCCACGCUUCUGGCCACAUGCUCAGCAGACCAGACCUGCAAGAUAUGGAGGACAUCAAACUUCUCACUGAUGACAGAGCUAAGUAUUAAGAGCAAUAACCCGGGUGAGACGUCGCGGGGCUGGAUGUGGGACUGCGCCUUUUCCGGGGACUCACAAUACAUAGUGACAGCAUCUUCCGAUAACCUUGCACGACUUUGGUGUGUCGAGACCGGCGAGAUCAAGAGAGAGUACAGCGGGCACCAAAAGGCAGUGGUGUGCCUGGCUUUCAAUGACAGUGUUCUGGGGUAACCAAGACUGGCGUUUAUAAUGAUUCACAGGACAAUGGGGAUGGAAAAUAUAAGGUCAUGCUUAAAGGCAACUUUAUGACCUUAACGUUAUAAUUCCAAUUGCCUAUGUCAGCAGAUACCGGCAGUCGGCUUUAAGCGUUUAGUGCCGGUAUCAAUAACCAUAUGCUGCCGGAGUAAUGUGACAUAAGAAAGACUUGCACUCUGGGUUUUGGAUUAUAAACACUCUGAGAUUUUUCUUAGUACAGCGUUGAAUGAUAGUGGUGCGGUUACAUGUUGGCAGCGCAUUAACGGUCAGGAUGAUGUAUAAAUCUUUCUGAAACACUUCUAUCAUCACUGAUAAAAUACAUUAGGAGAUUGUUUUUAGAUUUCACUCUACUGCAGAGGUUCCCAAACGCGGUCCUCAAGGCACCCCAACAGUCCAGGUUUUAGGUAUAGCCAUGGCUCAGCACAGAUGGUUAAAUCAAAUUGACUAAGGUGCUAAUUAAGUCACCUGUGGCCAAGAAUGGAUACAUUUAAAGCCUGGACCUUUGGGAUGCCUUGAGGACCGCGUUUGGGAACUUCUACUCAACUGUUACCAUGUGUGCAAUUGCUGUUCAAAUAAAGCAGUAAUGUAAUGAGA